CAUCCCUAAAGGAAAGAUCAUCUUUGGUUUGUACAGAAAUUGUGUUUUCAUUCGAUUAUUGCCGGUAUUUGUUAAUCCUCGCCAUGUCUGUGGUGAUAGAAACCACUUUGGGCGACCUGACCGUCGACUUGUUCACCAAAGAACGGCCCAUCGCCUGCUUGAACUUCUUGAAGUUGUGCCGGCUGAAGUACUACAACUACAAUCUUUUCCACACGGUGCAGCAGGGCUUCAUCGCACAAACCGGCGAUCCCAGUGGUGCCGGAGACGGAGGCUCCUCCAUUUGGGGCGUGGUGGAGGGUCUGCAGAAGCGCUUCUUCGAGGCGGAGUAUCUGCCCAAAAUCCCGCACUCCAGCGCAGGAAUGCUGUCUCUAGUCAGUGCUGGCAAGAAUCUUGUGGGCUCCCAGUUCUUCUUCACACUGGGCGAGAAUCUGUCGUCGCUGGAUGGCAGCCACUGUGUUAUUGGUGAGGUGGUGGAAGGUCACGAGGUGCUGCGCAAGCUGAACGACGCCAUUGUAGACGAUGGCUUCCGGCCCUACCAGGACAUCCGCAUCACACAUACAGUGGUGCUGGAGGAUCCGUUUCCCAAUCCCCGCGGCCUUCAGGCUCCCAGUCGAUCGCCUUCGCCCAGUGCGGAGCGCCUGCAGAACGGACGCAUAGCUGCCGACGAGGAUAUCGACGAUACGGAUGGCAUGACCAUGGAGGAGCUGCAGGAGAUGCUGGCCGAACGGGAGGCUAAGGCGCGAGCCACAAUUCUCGAGAUUGUCGGUGAUCUGCCUGAUGCGGACAUGGCCCCUCCAGAAAACGUUCUCUUCGUGUGUAAACUUAAUCCUGUAACCACUGACGAUGAUCUGGAGAUAAUUUUCAGUCGUUUUGGCGUGGUUAAAGGAUGCGAAGUGAUUCGCGACCGCAAGACAGGUGACUCCCUGCAGUACGCCUUCGUGGAGUUCGAGGACCAGAAAUCUUGCGAGGCGGCCUAUUUCAAAAUGGACAAUGUUCUUAUCGACGAUCGUCGUAUCCACGUGGACUUCUCGCAGUCCGUUUCGAAGGUCACAUGGCGGGGCAAAGGACGAGGCAUUGUCGGCGACGAGGAAAAACUGGACUUUGACAAUUUACGGGAUAACAACGAUCGCAGGAAACCCAACAACACUAGCCGGGGCCGAACGGACGACCACAGAGAUCGUAAGCGGUCUGAGAAUCCAAGAAGCAGAAUGAGCUCUGCGGAGCGGCGAACGGCGAGGGAGCAGCGCCACCAGGAGCAGAAUAAACGAGACGAUCGAAACAGUUUUCGAAGACGAUCAGCAUCCAGGGAACCAAAAGAUCGACGGCGCUCUAGGUCAAGAAAUCCAGACAAUAGACAAGCCAGGGAUAACUUAGAUCAAAGGCGUUUCAAUGAUCGAGAGCAAGGAAAUCGUAAUAAUAGAAGACCUUCAAGGUCAAGGGAUCUGACACAAAGAAGGCGAUCUAGAUCAAAUGACCGAGUAGAAAGAAGACGUUCUGGGUCAAGGGAACGAAAUGAAAGAAGACGCUCUAGGCCAAAAGGUGAAAACGAACGAAGACGCUCUAGGUCUAGAGACCAAAUAGACAAAAGGCAACCUCAAUCACAAGAUAGCCAUAAUCGCAGACGGCAUACCUCGCCUCAAGACAGAAGGCGCAACGAAAAUGGAGGUGGUCCGUACAGAAAAACAGGAAAAAACCAAGGAAGAUCACCAGAGCGAAGACCGCAAUCCAGAGAUCGUGAUGAACAUAGGCUCAAUAGAAAUUCAAGCCGGAAGCAGAGCCCCAACGGGAAGCGCAAACUUUCAGUGUCCGUGGAAAAGAACAAAAAGCCAUCUAAGAAAUCGAAGCGGCCAGCUAGCAGCAGUUCAGACUCCAGCGAAAGCUCCUCGGAAUCCGAAAGCGAAUCUGACACCACAUCUUCAGAUAGUUCCGACAGCUCCAGCAGUUCCUCCUCAUCGGACGAGCGCAGCAAGCGCAAGAAGAACAAAAAAUCCAAGCAGAAGUCGAAGGGCAGUCACAAGUCGAAAAAGAAACAACAUAGAAAAUAAACAUAAAUGAAAUUAUUGAACAAAA